AUGCAUUACCCAAUCCUCCUAUGCCUAGGAUUGAUUCUAUGCAUUGCAAACGCACUCCCAGUCCCAGAAGAAAACUACCAACGCCUCUCCAAAAUUCCUGCAUCCUCAUCGCAGCAAUACUUUGGCGACGUCAACAAUGACAACAGACACACAAGCAAGCCAUUUACGCCCGGUCAUCGAGACCCUUACGAUCGCAAAGUCGAUCCUAUACCCGACAAUCUAGAGCCAUUGCCAUUCCGCAAUGGAGACGGAGCAACAGUCAUGGGCCCCCGGAACAGAGAUCGCGAACGACAGAAUCCGGAUAUGGUGAGGCCGCCGAGCACGGAUCACGGGACGUUGAGUAAUAUGAGAUGGAGUUUUGCGGAUUCGCAUACCAGAAUUGAGGUACCCUCUCUUUCCCCGCAACGGAUUGUGAUUGUUGUUGCUGAUAUGUCAAAGGAAGGAGGAUGGACGCGCCAAACCACCAUCCGCGAACUACCUACCAGCAAAGAACUAGCCGGCGUGAACAUGCGUCUUGACGAAGGCGUAAUUCGCGAGUUGCACUGGCACAACGAGGCCGAAUGGGCGUUCAUGCUUGCUGGCAAAGCGCGUGUAACGGGACUGGAUACUGAAGGGGGCAGUUUCAUUGAUGAUGUCGAAGCGGGCGAUUUGUGGUACUGGCCUGCCGGGCAUCCGCACUCGAUUCAGGGACUGGGUCCGAAUGGGACGGAGUUCUUGCUCAUCUUUGACGAUGGGAAUUUCUCGGAGGAGUCGACUUUUUUGGUUACUGAUUGGAUGGCACACACACCCAAAUCAGUCCUGAGCGAAAACUUCCGCCUUCCAGCGAAAACGUUCAACUCAAUCCCCAAGUCCGAAAAAUACAUAUUCCAAGGUAGCAAGCCAGGGUCAAUAUCAUCCGAAAAGCCAAGGGGGUUCAAACCGUCUACCAAAAAUUUCACACAUAAAAUGCUCGCCCAAAAACCCACCAUCGUCUCCUCAGGUGGUGAGGUACGUAUCACAGAUUCCAAAACCAACUUCCCCAUCUCCGACAGAGUCGCGGCGGCACACCUCAAACUGCAACCCGGCGCAAUCCGCGAAAUGCAUUGGCACCCCAACGCGGAUGAGUGGUCAUACUUCAUCCGCGGGCGUGCACGAGUGACCGUCUUCGCGGCAGAAGGGAAUGCGCGCACAUUUGACUACAUGGCCGGUGACGUGGGGAUUGUGCCGAAAAAUAUGGGCCACUUUGUCGAGAAUCUGAGUGAUGAUGAGCCGCUAGAGAUGUUGGAGAUCUUUAGGGCGGAUCAAUUUUUGGAUUUUUCGUUGUUUCAGUGGUUGGGUGAGACGCCGCAGAGAAUGGUGGUGGAGCAUGUGUUUAGGGAUGAUGAGAGGGCGGCGAGGAAGUUUUUGGAGCAGAUUGAAGGGGCGGAGGAGGAUCCGAUUAAAAAGAAGUUUUUUGAGUAUUAA